AAAUAUAUCGAUUUUUAGGUUAGAAGUAAACAAAAUACAAAAUUCUUCAAAAAUAACAUUUAGCUGUAUUUCUCUUUAAUGAAAUCAAUAAGAAUUGUGUUAUAAAAGUUCUGUAACACCAAACAUGACGGAAUACGAAGAACCGGCAGCGAAAAUGUCUAAAUUAGAGAUUCCAUCUAAAGAUCAGGAAGAAGAGAUGGAUGAGGGUCAAGAGGAGUGGCUGAGCGAAGGGAUUCUCACUGAUGAUGACUUCAACCCCACUGCAGACCAGGAAAAGGGCGACUUGAAUGUGAGCGCAAGCCAGGGUGACACCACACCAAGCAUACCUGACGAUGACACUCAAGACAACUCUCAUAUCCAGGAUGAAAAUGCUGAUGAUAACUCACAGGCAAUAAAUAACUCAGUCAUUCCGGACAACUUGGAUGAUCUACUCAAUUCUCACAACCAGGACAACAUAAUUCAAGAGCAGGAUAACGUACACAUGGAUAUCUCACAUGCUGAGGAUGUAUCGCAGUCUCAGGAUGAGUCUCAUGACAACUCAAAUGCUCAGGUUAACGCGGAAGCUCAGGGUGAUGCUCUUGCUCAGGAUGAAACAGAUGUUCAGGAUGACUCUAAUGUACAGGAUAACUCUAAUGGGCAGGAUAACUCUAAUGUUCAGGACAACUCUAAUGUGCAGGAUAGCUUGUACGCUCAGGAGCAAGCAAUUAUGAAAAAUACUGAACACGUACUGGAUGAAAAUAUCGAACAGACCUUGGAUAACUUUGAAAAAUCUCACGAGACGGACAUUCCCGAGGAGCUGGGUGCAUUUCUUGUUAAAAAAACCAACAGCAAAACUGACGUUGAAGACAAGAAAGAUGGCAGCGAUAUCGAUGCGUCCACGAAACUCUCGGAUGACGAUGGAAAUGAUACCGACGAGUUACUGCGUAUGUUGGGAGAAGACGGUCAGAAAAACAAAAAGGAAAUCAAGAAAGUGAACAGAGCGGAACAGAAGAGAGGUCGUGAAUCACAUUCCAGCGACGAUGACGAAUAUAUUUUUGAAGGUGCCAAAGUGGCUAGGUUGAAGGUGGCCAAGAACGUCAUUCUCAAAAAGUACCCCACCAAGGCCGUGCCUGAGACUAUGAGUGACCAAGAAGACGAUAGCGAUGCGUCAUUCCACGAGGGUAUCACGAUGAAGAAGAUGUUCGUGAAUCGAAAAUCUUCAGACGAGGGUGUCACAGUGAAAAAAAUGUUCGUAAAUCGAAAAUCGGGUAAUUUUGCCUCCAAAAGUACCACCAAGCCCCCAACGAGGGACGCCGUAGUCAAGAAACAGCUCGUCACCGUUUAUAAACCUGCCCCCAAAAAACGGAUGACGACUUCAACUCCGAUGCAGAAAUCCAAACCGGAAGUGUCAUUCCCUAAAAUAAGGGGUAACCCCCCCAACUACAAGAAAGAGGCUGCGAAAAAAGUACCAGAGCCCCAUAAACCGAAUGUACUGUCCAAAAGGACGGUCAUAGUGAAGGAAGCUCCGAAGCCGAAGGUCGAACAUGAUGAGAUCAUAGAUGAAGAGGAAUUCCUCGAGGAGGAGGACGAGUUCGAUUUGAACGAGGAUUUCCAGUCGGACCCUGAGCCAGUGAAGGGAAGCCGGCAACGCAUCAUGAGACCUGAGCAGAUGGACGAGGAGGUGCCCACAGAUGGAGACUCCCAGUCCGAGGAAGAAGACAGCUUGUAUGACGAAUUCCCAUCAUCAGACUCCGACCAGGAAGAGUGGUUCACCCUGGACGUGCGGGCAGAGCGGGCGGGUGACUACAUACCGCUUUUGGGUGCUAAAGCUCACCAGCUCCUAACAACGGAGAAGAAGCGUGUCGCGACACGCCUGCAAACUCUCCGUCGGGAUCUCUCCGACGUGAAUGAGAGCAGUCAGCAGCAAGCUGACAUGCUGCGUCGGGCAACCCUGCAGCUGGCAGAGUUGGACGCCGCGCUCAAGGCGUGAGCGAUGAGUGCGCUCUCUCACCACAUUAGUGACGCGACUAAACACAUGAGUGAGGCGGCCUUACUCAUGAGUGAAGAAAAUAAAGGAAGUGGAAAUAGUGAAGUGUUUUAAAAUAAUAGUGGCUCGUUUUAAAUUAUGCACAAUUUUAUUAAUUGCUAUUCUGCAAGCUGCGUAAAAUAUACUUCUAAAAUCUUAAUCGAUCAAUAGAUCAAAACAAAAUUAUAUAUAACAAAUUUAUAUGCAAUACAGUGUAAUUAUAUAUAAAUUUGUUUGAAUACUUGUGGAUUUGGUUGGCUUAUCGCACAUGAGUGAAGCGGCUCAAAGCAUGAGUCAAGCGAUUUUACAUGUGAGUGAAACAACUUCACAAUAUCAGAAAGUGAAACUAGCGAGGUGCCCUAAGAUAUAAGAGUGGCUUGUUUUAAAUUCUGCACACUGUUUAUAACUGCUAAGCUACAAGCUGCAUAAACUAUACUUCUUUAUUAUUCCGCACUCAUUGAAAUACAUGUAAUUAUUGUAAGCGUACUAUUACACCAACUAUGUAUAUAACUUGUUUAAAUACGAGUGGAUUGCGCUGGCUCGUCGCACAUGAGUGAGGAGUCUUUAAAAACAUGAGUUAAGCAAAUUAACACAUGAGUGAAGCAAAUUAACGAAAUGGGAGAGUGAAAAUAGUGUUUUAAUUUAUUAUAGUGGCUUGGUUUUAAUUAUGUAUAAUGUUAAUAAGUACUACGUUGCAAACGGUUUUUCGGGACACAGUUAUAUACAUUUCAUUAUUAUAAUCGUAUGAUACAUCAACUUUAUAAACAAACUAUCUUUAAUAUCAGUAAAUAAAUGACCUAUAAACCUCAUUUAAAAGUAUAUUCAAGUUGAGACAUGAGUGAAAGAACUUAUAAUGUUAGAAAAUAGUAGGUUGUCUUAAAAUAUAUAUAUCUAAUUUUUUUAUAGGCAUUUACGUUCUACUUUUGUUUUAUUGGUACUAUACAUUUGU